CUGCUAAUCUAGUGGAUGCUUAAACACAGUCUGAAUGGGAUGUGACAACAUGGCUAACAUCUCACCCUCGCCUGUGAAGGACUGUUACCUUUGCUCUUCUUCUUUAAAAGACUCGGUUGUUUUAAGAUGCUGUCACAGUUUGUGUAAAAGCUGCUUACAGAGCUAUUGGGAGUUCAACAAGACUCUGGAUUGUCCUGUUUGUUUAAAGGAGACUCACUGUUCUGUGCUUCUUCAGUAUCUGAGUGUUUCCUGCUUUGCCACCGUGCGUAAAUUCUCUCAUGACAGCAACGCAAAACCAAACCAUGCUAGGAAAGCAGAAACUGUGAUGAGGGAGCAGUCAAGUGAAACCAGGGACGAGGACGUAGAUACAGAUGUGAUGCUACAUGACGCUUCAAAAAGUGAAUCUGAAGAGGAACCUCAUCCAUCACCCACAGCUACAUCUAAAUCAUUGAGGUCCAACCUGUGUCCAAAAUGCGGCAAGAGAUUCGAAAAAAAAUCUGACCUGAGAGCCCACAAAAAAGUGCACUCCUUAAGAAAGCCGCACCAGUGCUCCACCUGUGGAAAGAGUUACGUUUGUAAACAUGAGCUCACUUUACACAUGCGUCUGCACACAGGUGAGAAGCUGUUUAACUGCCCUCACUGUGAGAAAAAGUUCACCAGAGAGAAAUGUUUGAAGUCCCACUUAAGGAGCCACACAGGGGAAAAGCCAUUCUCUUGUUCUCAAUCUGCUAUGAGGAGCCACACGUUGACCCACACCAAAGUGAGAUCUUUCCCAUGUCCACAUUGUGACAAAAAGUUUAUCCGAAAGGAUGAGCUGAACACUCACCUCUAUAGCCAUUCAGAGAUCAAACCAUUCAGCUGUUCAGUGUGUGGGAAGAGUUUCCUAUCAAAGAAAGUACUUAACAUGCAUCAGGUCGUUCACAAGGACGACCGCCCCUUUCACUGCAUGCAGUGCGAGAAAAGCUUCAAAAGGAUGAGCCACCUGACAUCACACAUAAAGACCCACAGCUCUGACACUCCUUGCAUGAGAGUAUUCACAGUGAAGAGAAGCCUUACAGAUGUGAGAAGUGUGAAAAAAGCUUUCGUUCAUACAGGGAUCGCACUAGACAUCAGGUGA